AUGUUCGCGUGCUACAAACAGCUUCAUCCUCCAACAGCUGUGUCAUUCUGUUUGAAGGCACGAUUUACAUCAGCUAAUGAUGAAAAUCUGAUCAUUGUUAAAAACAACAUUAUGGAGGUUUAUUUAAUCAAACCGAAUACAUCCAAUAUUGUUCUUGUAAAAGUUUUUGAAUUAUUUGGAGUAAUUGAUUCUAUAAUUGCUGUUUGUCUUCAGGGUAUGAAAAAGGAAAUGCUUUUAAUUAACUUUGAAGAUGAAGCAAAAGUAUCUGUUGUGGAGUUUGAUGAGAAGAGGAGUGAUCUUAAAACUUUAUCUUUGCAUUAUCUCGAAGAUGACUUUUUGAGAGAAGGUAAAGCUAGAUUCUUUCACAAUCAACCAAUUAUUUUGGAUCCACAAAAUAGAUUUGCUACAGUAAUUAUUUGCGACUCUAAAUUAGUAAUUUUACCAUUCAGACAAUCUGGAGAGGAUGUAUCACUUUCAACUGAGGAUAACUUUUUAUUUGCUCUUUCUGGGGAUCAAGAGGAAGCAAAUGAAAAUGUUGGAGAUCAAAAAAAACAUCAUCAACCAGAAGUGCAAAGACAAGUAAUUAUCGAUUUAAACGAUCUAGGAAUUAAAAAUGUGAAAGACUAUUGCUUUUUGAAUGGAUACAAUGAACCAACAAUUUUAUUCUUGCACGAGAAUGAACAAACUUGGAGUGGUAGACUUGCAGCUAAGAGUAAUACAUCAACUGUGACAGCUGUAUCAUUCGAUUUAUUUAGAAAGUAUUAUCCUAAGAUUUGGAGUGUUGGAUCAUUACCACAUGACUGUAACAAAUUGAUUCCAUUACAAGAGGAUGUUGCUGGUGGAGCAUUGGUUAUUGGAAUGAAUUCUAUCAUUCAUAUUAAUCAAUGUGCAACUUAUGGAUUAUCCUUCAACGAUUUUGCUGUUUCGAAUCCUAAUUUAUCAAUUAACUUUAAUACUUUUGAUGGGCCUGCACUCUUCUUUGAUACAGUUGCAUACACUUUCAUAGCAAGGGAUAAACUUUUAGUUUCUUUGAAGGAUGGUGAGCUUUAUACAAUGUAUUUAGAGUCUGGAGGAAGUAGAAUUAAUAAUAUCAACAUCAAGAAGACAUCCAACACAACACCAGCCUCUUGCAUGUGUACUUUGAAAGGAAAUCUUAUUUUCCUUGGAUCCAAGAUUGGUGAUUCAGUUCUUUAUGAAUAUCAAGAAAAAGUAGAGGUGGAAACUAGUAGUUUGGAUACUGAUGAAGAAAUGUCAUCCGUUUUUGCUGCUGGAGAAAACUUUGAACCAGAGAAAAAGAAGAGAAAGUUAGCUGAUGAUGAUGACUUUUUUGCUGCUUUAGAAAAGGAUGAAGAACCAACAGUAAUAGAAUCCUUUUCCAAGGUCUCUAAGAAAGAAACAACAAAGGUAGAACUCAAAAUCAAACAUGUUUUUACAAAUAUUGGUCCAAUAUCACACUUGACAGCAGCUGUUACUUCUUCUUUUGAUAUGUCAGGAUUCAAGUCUAAAACAAACGAUAAUCAACUUUCUGCUAUUGCUUGUUCUGGUAUUGGUAGACAUGGUUGUUUGACCGUUUUGAAUAGAAGUCUACAACCUGAUAUUCAAUCAGAAGCUACUCUACCAUUUUUAGUCAAGCAAGUUUGGACUAUUUCCCAAAAAACUGAACAUGAUUUGUAUUUAAUUUUAAGUUUAGAAGAUAAGACUAAAGUAUUUGAAUCCAAGGCAACCCUUGCUGAAGUAACGUCAAAAUCAAUGUUUGUUACAAAUGAAACAACUUUGAAUAUUGGUAAAAUAAGAGAAUCUAUAGUGCAAGUAACUCGUAAAAGCGUAAUGCUUAUUGGAUCUGAACCAAAGCAAGUUCACCAUUCCAAGAAGGAAAUAAGAUCUUCCAUAAUAUUAGAUCCUUAUGUCCUACUUCAUUUUUAUGAUGGAAGUUUAGUUUUACUCACCCAUGAUAACGGAAGAGUGACAAGCAAACAACUUGAUAUUGAAUCUAAUCAUGGAAAGAUAACAGCAGUAUGUCUGUACAAGACCAAUCCAGAGUUUGAAUUUUUUGGAAUCAAUGAAAAAGAAGGCAAAUAUUUAUGUUGUGUAUAUUGGACUGAUGGUGCUUUCGAGAUUUUAUCUGUUCCAGAUAUGACAUGUGUAUUCUCAUUCUCUCAAUUUUAUCAAUUCCACACAACUCUGUUUGAUGAAGGACAAUCAAGUAAUACUACACAAUCUGAAGUCAAGUAUCCAUAUGUUACAGAAAUGGCUUUAAGAGGAAUUGGCUCAGAUAGCGAGAUGCCAUAUCUUGUUUCUGUAUUGAGCGAUAAUACUGUACAUAUCUAUAGAUCAUUUUUAGAUAGAACAACAAAAUCCAAAGAUAACAGAUUAACAAGACUAAGAUUCUCUAAAUUCCAACACGACGAUUUAUUACCAAUAUCUGAAAUUGACAAGAAGAGUCAAACAUUUACCCUCAAUCUUAAAUCUAAAUAUUUAUUUCCAAAAUCAGAUCUAGGAAGAUCCCAACUUAUUCCAUUCAAAAACAUUGGAGGUUAUGGAGGUUUAUUCAAAACUGGUGAAAAACCUUUUUGGUUAUUUACAGAACACUCUAACCUCAGAGUACAUCCAACACAAAGUAGAGAUCCUGUUACUACCUUCACACCAUAUCACCACGAAAACUGUCCUCAUGGUUUUAUUUAUUUAACAGACAAAGAACAAGAUAAUAAGAAACAAUCAAAGUUACACAUUUCAAGUUUGAAUGCUAAUGUUAAAUUUAACGCCUACUGGCCACAAAGAAAGAUUUUGCUCAAGAGUACUCCUAACGUUAUUACAUUCCAUCAAGAUACUAAUACUUGUUUAGCUUUCACAUCUGUUCCUGUAAAGGCCAUUUUACCUGAUAGUAUUCCUUUCCCUGAGGGUAAAUGCCCUCCUCCAGCCGAACAAAAGCACACUGUAAAAUUAUUUUCAGGACACAAUUGGCAAGAAAUGGACAAGUUUGAAUUUGAUCUUCAUGAGUCUGCUGUGGCAGCAAAGGUAGUUUAUUUGUCUAAGGAAGAAUAUAAUGACGAUACUGAUAUAUCAUUUGAAGAGCCAUUGAACAGCAGAAAGCAAGACUUGGUUUCUGUAGUUGCUGUAGGAACAGCCUAUGUACAAAGUGAAAGAGAAUUAUGUAGAGGAAGACUUUUAUUAUUUGAUUUGGAUCCAAUUCUUGGAAGAGAAAAUGAGUAUAAGUUGAAUUUAAUUUCUUCAACAUCUGUUAAAGGACCAAUUACAACUCUUGAACAAGUUGACAGAUAUAUUAUUUGUAGUGUUGGUAAUCGUAUUUAUACGUACUACUUUGAUUGGGAAGAAAAGAGAAUGCAUAUUACAUCUUUCUAUGACACUCAAUUUUAUACUGCAAGUUUAAAUACUGUUAGAAACUUUAUCAUGUUUGGUGAUAUCUAUAAGAGCGUAAGCUUUUUACGUUGGAAGGAAAAGGGUCACAGAUUAAUUCUUCUUGCCAAAGAUAACAGACCACUUCAAGUUGUCUCUUCAGAAUUCCUUGUGAAUAAUGAUUUACUUGGAUUGGCAGUUAUUGACACUAGUAAGAAUCUUCAAAUCUUCUCCUAUCUGCCUCAGCAUCAAGAAAGUAACGAUGGUAGAAAUUUGGUCCCAGUUUGUGAUUUCCACAUUGGUACCCUUAUUAACAGCCUUAUAAGAAUGAAAGUAAGAGAAUUACCUGACGAUAACACCAUUAGAUUGGGUAAUGUAAAUGAAAAACCAAAACAAUCAGGUAAAAAGGAUAUCACAAAAACUAAUCCUAAUCACCAAUUUAUAUUAUUUGGAAGCGUAGAUGGUGCUAUUGGUUAUGUUGCUCCAAUUAACGAAGUAACUCACAGAAGAUUAUUUGCCUUACAGUUAAAGAUGUACACACAAUUGGAACAAGCAGCAGGGUUACAUCCAAAAUCUUUCAGAUUAUACAAGCCACUCGAACGUACUGAAUACAAUUAUAAGAAGAAUAUCAUUGAUGGUCAACUGAUUUGGAAUUAUGCAAACAUUAACACAAUUUUACAAAGAGAUUUAGCUCGUCAAAUUGGUACUAACUCUGAUAAUAUUUUAAGAUCCAUCCAAGAGCUGAAUCAAGCCACAUUCUUCUUUUAAGAAUAUCAAUAAAAACAACAACUAUUUUAUC